AUGCAUACCGAAACGGCAGUUCGCGCGCAGGUCGUGGCACUUAGGGCCUUCACUACUAAAUCAAGUAGCGAAAUUGCCUAUCUAACGGGUCUAUCUAUCAGCUCGGUGAACCGCAUAUACGCGCGAGCUAUUGAGCGGGGUUUUAACCCACACGAAGAUCCUCUGAUUCAUGACCGUUAUGUGGAAGAUAAACCACGUUCUGGAAGACCUAUAAAGCAGGACACCGCUACCCAAGAUAUUGUUAUUUCGAAGCAAGCUUGGGAUCGAUAUAUCUGCCGAAACCGUUCGCCGAAUCCUAAAAAAAAGUGGCUUUCGGAAGACCAAGCCGACUCGGAAGCCUGGAUUGACACCAGCGAUGAAGAAGGCUCGUCUUAA